AUGGGUUCCAUAGACCAGAGACCACUUAUAGUCAACAAGCCCGCCGAGGGCAUAUCCUACUUCACACCCGCGCAGGUGCCUCCCGCCGGAACUGCCAAAGAUCCGCAAUCCGACAACCAUCCCAUCCCCAAGAUAUUCCAGCCUCUGACGAUCCGAGGCGUCACGUUCCAGAACCGCAUCUGGCUUUCACCUCUGUGCCAGUACUCUGCGCAGGAUGGCCACGUGACCGACUGGCAUCUGACGCAUCUCGGCGGCAUCAUCCAACGCGGGCCAGGCCUCACCAUGGUCGAAGCGACCGCCGUGACGCCCGAGGGCCGCAUCACACCUGAAGACAGCGGCCUGUGGCAAGACAGCCAGAUCGCACCUCUCAGACGCAUCGUCGAGUUCGCUCACGGCCAGUCGCAAAAGAUCGCCAUCCAGAUCGCCCACGCCGGCCGGAAAGCCAGCACCGUCGCCCCCUGGCUCAGUCUCGGCGACACCGCUCGGCCUGAGGCCAACGGCUGGCCGGACGACACGGUCGCACCCAGUGCGAUCGCCUUUUCGCCGACCUUCCCGCACCCCAACGCGCUGACGCUCGAGGGCAUCCAGCGCAUCAAGGACGACUUUGUGGCCACUGCGAAGCGCGCAGUCGAGGCUGGAUUCGACGUCAUCGAGAUCCACAACGCCCACGGCUACCUGCUGCACGAGUUCCUCAGCCCCGUGAGCAACAAGCGCACAGAUGCCUACGGAGGCUCGUGGGAGAACAGGACACGCUUGACGCGCGAGGUGGUCAAGGCGGUCCGCGCGGCUAUCCCGGCCGACAUGCCGCUUUUCUUGAGAAUCAGCGCCGACGACUGGCUUGAAGGCCAGGAUGAGUUCCCGGAGUCUUGGACGCUGAAGGACACGGUCAAGCUUGCGCCAAUCCUCGCGGAUCUGGGCGUCGACUUGCUGGACACCAGUUCCGGCGGUGUCCACCCAAGUCAGAAGAUCAAGGGUGGUCCGGGAUACCAGGCGCCGUUCUCAAGGGCGGUCAAGGACGCCGUCGGAGAUAAGAUGCUAGUCACGGCUGUCGGAUCGAUCACGAACGGACCACAAGCCGAGGAGAUUGCGCAGUCAGGCGUUGAUGGUAUCUUCGUGGGGAGAUUCUUCCAGAAGAAUCCAGGUCUGGUUUGGACCUUUGCAGAGGAGUUGGGAACCGAGAUUCAUGUCGCGAACCAGAUUGGCUGGGGAUUUGGAGGGCGUGCAGGUGGCAAGGGAAAGCAUUAG